UUGCGAGUAGGCCGCCGGAGUUGACGUAACCAAUCAAGACCAGUAAUUGUUACCAGUGAUAAGAAAUUGGCUGUCGUGUCUUCAACGAUAAGUGGGUCCACCAUUUAAGUCUACUUCGGACCUUUGGGUGUGUUUUUAGCUCUGUCUCCGCAUAUGGAAAUGAUAAUGGCCGAAAAUGGGCGUGUUUCAAGCGUACCUUCACCCUCGGGCUCUUCUUCAGAGGUGAGCUCUGCGAGUUCGUCGCCCUUGGGAUUGAGUGGCGAUGGCGGUAAUGGGGCGUGUCCUGGGCUCGGCUCUGGGGUGCCUGGUUCGACGCGCGGAAGCGGGUCCUCUAAUACGGACAUCUUCCAGAAGAUCAACGCCAUCUUAGAAAAUAAAUUAGAUUUGGGGAAUAUGGUGUUGGCUUCGGGUGGAGUGGGACGGGGAUCCCGAGGUCCACCCUAUGGUCCUUUCCGCACGCUGGGACCGCCCUCGGUUUCGGCGGCUGCGGCGGCUGCACUGACGGGAUGCUCUAAACCAUUUUUCUCUGCCAAUGAGCAGACUCAAAUGCUUUCUAAUAUCCUCGGAAUGGAUUCCAACGAAGGCUCGUCCAUUUACUCUCUGGGUGGCAGAGCUCGCACUCGGGGGGGUGAAUAUCGCUACUUCGAUGGCGGGUCGGUCCCCAAUUACUUUCCCAACCGGCCCCGCCAUUGCAGUACAACAGCAGUGGAUGGAGAAGCCGUCUUUGGAUUGGACCAUUGGGGGUCGCCGGAUUCCGGCUUCAAUCCCCGGACUGGUGCCAGGGAGAGGAUUUACAGCAGCGAGGGCGGUAGUCCCACGUUGGACGAGGCCAUCCUCAUGGGCAUCCCUGCGUCCUCCCAUCAGCCCCACCAUUUGCGCGGGCCCCACGCCCACAAGCUGGAUUCGGUGCGAGGCGGUGAUUCGCCCAACUCUGAUGCUGGUUAUGGAACAAGUUACGGAAGCUAUCUUUCAUCUGGAACUCGAUCAGUUCGAGCCUCUGAUUAUCGAGGCUCGACUAGUGAUGGUUCGUACCUCCCAAAAGGGAACUUCGAUCAGCUUGAGCCCUCCCAAGACCUUGGUGCCAUGAUGAAUGCCUUUCAUCAGACUGGCGGGAGAUGUAUGGAAUCUCCAGUGGAUCAAUCGCGCCAAUCGCUUGGAACGAGGAUCAUGGGCGAAGUCAAUUCGUUGGAUAUCGAGACCGAUGGUCCUCGUCGAAAGAAAGGAAGUUUGGGACAAGGCGACCCAUCCCAUGACCUAGAAUCUAUGAUGACUUCCAUGACCUUGGGAGGUUCAAAAGCCAAGGAGUCGCUCAUGAAAAUGGGACGAAUCCAUGAUAGCUCGCACUCCAAUUCUCAAGCAACGAAACAAUGGCUAUUAUCAGCCCAGUCUUGGAUCUUACGGCAUGCCCAACUUUUAUUCGCCCAAUGGAUCCGCCAUUGAUCCUGAAUCCCUAGAAAAAGCGGCCAAAAUCAAUCGUCAUGGUACCGCCGUGUACGACGCCUCGUGCACUUGGUCGGGUCAAUUGCCCUCCCGAAACAUGCGCAAUGCUCUGCUCUCGUGUAAAGUGUUCUUGGGAGGUGUUCCGUGGGAUAUCACAGAAAUGUCUUUGGUCAACGCUCUUAAGCCUUUCGGUCAGAUCCGCAUUGAAUGGCCCGGCAAGGACACGUCGUCCGUGCCUAAGGGCUAUCUCUACGUGAUCUUCGACAACGAGCAGGAAGUCAAGGCCCUCCUGAAUGCCUGCACACACGACUUUGGCAAUGGAUGUAGCUGGUAUUUCCGCAUCUCGUCACGCCGUAUGCGCAACAAAGAGGUCCAAGUGAUUCCAUGGGUGAUUGCCGAUUCGAAUUUUGUACGGAUGCCUUCGCAACGGCUGGAUCCGCAAAAGACGAUCUUUGUGGGGGCUCUUCACGGCAUGUUGACAGCGGAAGGUCUGGCUAACAUCUUCAACGACCUCUUCGGAGGCGUGGUCUAUGCUGGUGUCGACACGGAUAAGUACAAAUAUCCCAUUGGAUCCGGCAGAGUCACGUUCAACAACAAUCGAUCCUACAUGAAAGCAGUUUCCGCAGCCUUCAUUGAGAUCAAGACGUCAAAGUUCACCAAAAAAGUCCAAGUGGACCCGUACCUGGAGGAUGCCUUGUGUUCCUCGUGUGGAACCCGUCAGGGCCCGUAUUUUUGCCGUGACGUAGGCUGCUUCCGCUAUUUCUGCCGCAAUUGUUGGGAAAUCCAACACUCGUUCGAAGCUUGCCGCAGCCACAAGCCGCUAAUGCGAAACAGCAACAAGAACGCACUUCUAUCGCCCCUUGGGACCAGGCCCAACACUAUGUACUCUCUGGAAGGUUCUCCGUAUAUCCAAGAGAGACGAAUCUUUGAUUAACUGCAACAAGUUCGUCCUGAUUAGAGGAGGGAAGGACUUGUUUACUACCCCUGUUUUAAAACAAAGGCUUUAACUAGAAUAAUAGGUACAGAUCUUCCAAACACCCCCUUGACCCUGAGAGAGCUUUCCGCUCUCCCUUGGCCGAAUCUAGUUUAGCUCGAUCUUUUCGCCAACCCAUCAUCCAUCAAUCCGUCCCUGUCUCAUGGUACAUUUCUCGUUUUGAGUUUUCCCUUUGUUCUGUACUCAACGGAAAAAUUGUGUGGAACAAUUUUGUUUUCUGUCAUGUCGAGUGAGGAAAAAAGCUCAACUCUAUCUCUCUCACGACUAAAGAUUGGGAGUCGGUAGCUUCCAAAGUGAAAGAAAUUGUGACAUGUAUGUUUUUCCCGCGAGGAAUUGUGUGCUCUCGAUUGUAGUUUAUUAUUACCAGCAGCCACUUUCUUCCCACUCAACUCGAUUCUGUUUGAUUCCCAAUUCCAAUUGUCUAUUCUCUGCCUCUCUUUCUUGUCUCCCAUGAUUUUUGUCCAGCUUCACUGGGUUUUCUGAGCGAAUCAUCUCUUAAGCAUUGCGAAGAAUAAUUAUUAUUGAAAUGGUUUUUGUACCCUCCUCUACUAGCUACUACCCCCAUCUCGUUUUCUACGAAUUCUGAAUGUAAUUUUUUGUUUGGUGCAUCAGCUCUAUUGAUGUGGACCACUAAAGUCUCCAGGCGGUGUUUUCUAUCUUUUUCUCAAAUGUAUCGAUUAAUAUGUAUCCCUCAUUGUAUUAUUUCGGUCAAAUGAAUUAUAUUGAAAAGUCCA